CUGUCAUUGUAAGAAAAGGGUUCAACAAGUGAAAGUGUCUGAGGGUCGCUGACACUAUAGUGGCCUCGAUGAGGAUAGGAAGCCGGCGGCUUGUCGAAGGGCCUUCCAUUUGUUUUGAUAAUCUUUUUUUUCCAGUUGGAUUUUCAAGUUCAACCAGAGUCUUGGCAUUUACGGCUUCGACGGGAACGUGAUAUGGCAUGCGUUAUAUUUACUGCAGGUCACGCACAUAAGCUGAGUGAGGAAAUUCAGAAUGAUAAAAGUGGCAAAUAUGCUCACCUAAAGGGGGUGCCGAAGGCAUUGUUUCCGUCACCCCGAGGCAAGAGGAUCCUCGACCACUGGUGGGAUGCCCUGAACACGCGGCAGCUUUUUAGCAAUGUGUUUCUGGUGACCAAUGCAGACAAAUACAAACAUUUUGAACGGUGGGCAACUGCCUCGGAUUUCCCUGUAGAAAACAUAAUAAAUGAUGGGUCAACCACUGAAGCAAAUAGCAUUGGUGCGAUAGCUGAUCUUGAACUUGUUCUUAGAGCCAAGAACCUCUGGAAGCACAACAUUCUCGUCAUUGCUGGCGAUAUGCUUUUCCAGGAUUCCAAGUUUGACAUUGCCCAGGUGAUUGACUACUUCCAUCGGAAACCUGACGGAGAUUUGGCUAUAUACUAUGAAAUGGAAGAUUCUGAAUGUACUACAUCAAGAGGUAUUGUUGAAGUUUGCCAAACCACAAAUAGAAUUCUCAAGUUCAUAGAAAAACCUUUACCAGAAGAAACUCUCUCUCGAAAUGCCAGUGUUGUCUUUUAUACAUUCCGGUGUGAGACAAUGGCAUUAGUACCCAUAUUCAUAAAUGAACACUCAAAGACUACACAGCACUCAUUUGGUAACUUCAUGGAGUGGCUUAUCAAUGACCAAAAGGUAUCAGUGUAUGGGAUGAAGCUGCCUACAGGCUUCCAAUUUAUUGGAAAAGUAGGACUGAAGGAUUAUGAAUCUUGGGUCUCCUACUUUGCUAACCUAGCAGAGAAUGAAUGCAAAGACCCUAUUACCAUGAGGGCUUAUGCUAGGGUUGGACUGAUGGGAAAUCCAUCCGAUGGAUUCCAUGGCAAGACAAUAUCUCUGUCUAUAGCCAAUUUUUGGGCUGAAGCCACCAUUGCUGAGAGCUCAAAACUCCGGCUCAUUCCUCAUCCUGUCAAUGAUCCUACAGAAUUUGGAUCCUUGUCUGACUUGUACGGGAUUAGUGAUAAAGAAGGCUACUUAGGAGGGCUACGCUUACUCCAGGCAACCUGCAAAAAAUUCUAUUAUUAUUGUGCCGAAAGAGGAAUUGCUCUGACUCGCCGUAACUUCACACUUUCUUAUGACACCAACAUUCCUCGGCAAGUUGGAUUAGCCGGCAGUUCAGCCAUUGUGACGGCAACACUUAAAUGCCUUUUAGCCUUCUUUAAUCUCGCUGAUCAAGAUAUGUCGCAAAACAUUCAGCCUCAAUUUAUUCUUGAUGUUGAGAGAGAGGAACUGCACAUCAAUGCUGGCCUGCAGGACAGAGUGGUACAGAUAUUUGAGGGUUUGGUGUACAUGGAUUUUUCAAAGUCAGUGAUGGAGAAACAAGGUUAUGGCAACUACAUCCAUCUUGAUGUUGAAUUACCUCCACUCUUCCUUGCCUACCGUCCUAACCCAAGUGACUCGGGCAGAAUUCACUCUAAUAUAUUGGCACGAUGGCAAAAAGGGGAUUCAGAGGUUAUAGAGGGCAUGCAGAAAUUUGCAGAACUAACUUGUCUAGCUACUACAGCACUGAAGAGUGCAGACUGGAGUACACUGGCACAUUUGAUGAAUGAAAACUUCAACUUACGAAGGCAGUUGUAUGGUGAUGCUGCUCUUGGUGAAGAAAACCUUCUUAUGAUCAACAUUGCCAGGCGUUUUGGUGCAGCGGUUAAGUUUCCUGGAAGUGGAGGAGCAGUUGUUGGACUCCUUCAGGACAGGGCAAAAAUGGCAGAAAUGAGAGAAUGUUACCAGAACAGUGGUUGUGUAGUAGUAGACAUAAUUCCCAAAAAACCCGAUGUUAUGUUGCCAUACCUUGACCCUUUAAAUCCUUGAAGACAUCAAAACUGUCAUGUCGCCUGUGUGCACGGAAAAAAAAAAAUAAUAAAAAUACGUGUGUGUGUGAAAAGUAAGGAAAAUGCAAAAAGUACACGCCUGGUUUUUUGCCUGUUAGAAAGCAGCUGGAAGUCAUUGGGUCUGUCAACACGAGAUGUGCAAUUUGACCACUCAUCAUAUGGGGGGUGAGGAGACUAGAGUUCAUGUAUCAUGGGUUUUUUGUUCAUGGAUUCACUUAUAUAAUUUUUUGUAUUGAAUAAACUAAUACUGUAACUCAUUUUAUGUACAUUUAAUUGCCAAAAGCAAAGAUAAGAGUACUGUAUAUAUACUGUAUGCACGUCAAAACCUCAAGGGUUUUGACGUGCUGUUAUGAAGGGAGCUCACAUGAUAGCCUGGGAGCAGUGAGAAUUGUGUCGGCCCCAUCUAGUGUUGUACAUGCAAGGAAUGUACCAUGUAGGGUAUCUGUUCAGGUCAUCAAACCACCAUCUGGAGGGGGUCGCUGUCAAAAAUAUCACAGUACAAGUACAGUAAUUUUAUAUUUUUGUGUUGCCCAUUAUCUUUGUAUUCGUAUCAAAGAAAUCUGAAUAAUUUUCAGUAGUUUAUUUAGCUUUGUCAUAUACUGAUGGCAGCAGUAACACUUCAUAGCCUAAAUGCUCUGUGGUGUAUCCCACGAUACAAGUGUACCAUACAGCUUAACCCCCAAAAUGCUGUUAUAAUCAUUUAUUCAUCUCCUCGGCCACUGUGGUUAUCAUUUGGUGAUUUUUAUUAUUAUUACUUUGCUUUAUAUAAAUGAUUUAAAUAUGGUUUUAAUACAUUUACAUGAAAGUAACAAAGUUUACCAAGACCCAUGAAAAUGUUUUUGAUGCUUUGUAAUCACUUACUAUGAGAUGAGAACAAAUUACAAUUUGGUCUUUC